AUGAGCUCUAGAGAUAGGGACACCAAGUCUCUUCACGACAAAUUGAAAGUCUUCUUCAAGAAGGGAGUAUCGGCGCCGGUCGCCACACAUGAGCUGGUGGUGAGCCAAGAGAUACGACGAGAACUCGGGCCCGAAGCACCUCUGCACCGCCGUAUGCGCGCCAUAAAGGAGUUAGGGGAAAAAGUGCUGCAUAUCAGAGUCCAGGAGGGAGGUGUAGAAAAAAUCUGGUUGAGUACCAGAGACCUGUUGGAGGAUUCUAACGUAGAAGCUCGUCAUGCAGUUCUGGGUCUCCUCCGCUGUAUUGCAGAGGGGCAAACAGAAUUACUGAUAAUGAGAUCUAUAUUUUUCCGAUAUCUACAAGAGAUGGGUAUCUCACAAUGUCCCGAGGAUUACCAUCUGCGCUUCAAACUGCUCUAUGCAUUGACCAACACGGGAAAGGACAUAAAGUGCUUAGAAGAAGAGAUCGGUCCACUGUUAGUGGAGUGGAUGGGACAGAUGAGUGGUAGAGCAGAACUGGUGCAGCUGGUCCAGCUCGCCACGAAUGUAGUGAAGUUCAACGCGGCCUAUCUCGAGGAAGCGGUCGUACACGGUCUAGUCGGGCGAGCGUGCCAGCUCGCCGUGCAUUCGCCGGAGCCGCCCGCCGUUCUUGCCUGUCUAGCCCUCCUCGAAGCGGUCGUGUCGUACUCGCUGCUGCCGCGCGCCGCUUUGCGCACCUUUGUCUCCGCUCUCUGCAAAACGGUCAACCACGAACAUUACUGCCAGAACAGCUGGAAGCUGAUGCGCUACGUGCUAGGCGCCGACAUGGGCCACGCGGCGCUUCAGGAGAUGGUGGAUCUGGUGAGAGGCGUCGGCGGCGAAGGAGGCGGUGACGCGGACACGGGGACGGCUCGCGGCGCAGUGUUCUACAUGAAUAUGGCACUGUGGGGGCCGCGGCGGGUACACACGCUGCACGUGUCGCAUCUCGCCGUGCUGCCGGCUCUCCGCGCCGCCUUACGCGCUCGUCAACCCGUGCUAACCUACGAAAUGUUGCUCGCGCUGCAUAGCCUGGUGGCGCGCUUGCCUCACGAUCUACACGAGGUCUCCUGGGACGUGUUGCUACAUAUCAUCCGCGACAUCGUCGACCUAGACAGAAGCUGCGAGCCGCCGAACGAGCUGAUCCAUACACGACUGCACGCUCUCAUCACGUCCGUGGAGCAGCUGCAGGAGGCCGGCCAGUUUCAGGGCGACGCGGAGGCUCUGCUCGAACUAAUCGACUACUGCGGCCAUGAUCGCCCGGAGGCAUCGACGAUGCGGCUGAUAUCGUUGAGGGGCGCGGCUUUGGGUGGGUGCGGCGAUGCAAGCGCAGCUCUCCAACUGUUCGAGCGGUACUUGCGCCUAGAGCCCCGCCUGCCAGUGCGGCUGCACACGCUGCAAACGCUUCUUGCGUAUAUGAAGCGCAACAGGUGUGGUGGAGGGGAGGAAGUGGUAGAGCGCGUAGGCGCUGCGGUAGCGGGCGCGUGCGCGACCGAUGCCGAGUGUGCGGUGCGGGCGGCGGCAGCCCGCGCCUUGCCCGAACUGGCCGCCAUGUGCUCGCCGGAUGCGUGUAUUGAUCUCGUCGAUCAACUAGAGAAGAUCUUAAACAGACCCUACGAGAUGUACGUAUCGGAGGUGCCCAUACCGGCCGACGCCGACACCGCUGAUCUUACGGCGGCAGCCAGCGGGCUACUCGAAGUGCUGCACGAUAAGUUGCUGCGCACGCCCGCUGCGCCCGCUGCUCGCGCGCUUCUCGUGCUGCUCGACCACCUCGACCACCACUACCGACGGCCGGCGCUCUUUCACCACCAUCCGCACAUCCGACUCAAGAUUUUCGACAUGCUGUUCGGGCUGAGGGCGAACCCCUUCAACUGCGUCGGGUUCUGCUACGACGCUAGCGGAAAGCCCGUGUGGGGGGCCGAAGCCGUUCGCGUGAAGCCUACGUGCUCCCCCUUCCUGCUCGCCGAACCCGCCGCCGCCCGGGCCCAGCCCACCCCCGCCCCUCGCGAGCCUCCGCCCGGCGCCUGUCUUAUCCCGAUCGGAAGGGCGGCUCGCGUGCUUGUGGCGGCUUUGUCACGUGAAUCGGAAUGGUCGGUGCUGGUGCACGUGUUGCGCGCUCUGCCACACUUGCUGGACGCCCGAGCGCCGGCGCUCGGUCGACGCGCCCAAGACAUCGACCUGCUUGCGUCCACGCUCUGCUCGAUGGUGUCGGAUCGCAGCCUCUCGAACCCCGUAAAGCUGUCGGUGUCCGAGUUCCACGCGGCCGCGCUGCCACCGCUCGCUUCCAUGGCCUCGUACAAUGCUUUUCUCGAGCCGCACACGCAGCAGCGCAUCGUGCGGUGCCUACUUAAGCACGGCAUGGUGCUGCGCACGCCGCAGCCGUACAUAGCUGCGCUGACGAUGUUCGCUUUGGAGACGCGCGAGACGAUGGUGCGUAUGCUGCCGGAGGUGCUUCUGGACCUUUCGAAAAUCUCAGACACGAAAGCCAUCGCCAGCCCCAUGUUGGAGUUCCUCUCGACUCUGACCCGCCUGCCCCGCGUGUUCGCCUCGUUCGUCGAAGACCAGUACAUGUCGGUGUUCGCCAUCCUGCUGCCGUACACGAACCCGUCGCGUUACAACCACUACGUUGUGUCCCUGGCGCACCACGUCAUCGCCGCCUGGUUCCUCAAAUGCCGUCUGUCCUACCGCAGAAACUUCGUACGCUUCAUUAUCCACGGCUUGCACAAUUACAUCAUCAUGCCGUUCGAAGAGCAGCUCCAGUACAAGACGAACAGCGUUCAGAACUCGGUCAACGAGGAUUCCUCGAACAGGCAGCGCAGUUCCAGCCUGGGAUCGAAGGCGGUGUCGCGGCCCUUGUCGGGACGGAGUGGAGGAGGUAGCGCGGGCGCCGGAGCCAGCGCGCCGGCUGCCUUCCACGUGGAGCUGACUGAGACCUGCAUCGACCUGCUCGCCCGAUACACGUUCACGCCUUGCAGCGUAAAGCCGCAGAGAAGCGACACGGCCGACUUCCUGUUCGAGGGCGGUCAGGCGACGACGUGGCUCGUGGGACAUAAGCUGGUCACGAUAACCACCUCGGGCUGUUUGCAAAAUUCCAUUAAACAAGGCCUUUGCGAGAGAUGCGCAACACUGUGCCGCCAGCACGCAGAGAGCGCGGACAGCCCGCUACCGACGCAGCUAAGCGGCGCCCCGGGGCCCGUUCCUCCCGGAGCCGAACUCGACCACGUUGUCGAGCCCUCGCUUCAGUCGCAGAAACAGGACAGCACCGACAGCACCUCGUCCUCGUCGGUGAACCACCUGCAAGUGAGCGCGCCGACGCAGUGCAACCUGCCAGAAGUGAAACGGUACAGCAAGCGAUCGCUGCAGCACAGCCGCUCUACGGAGACGUCCUGCUCCUCUCUGUCCGCCUCAGAGCUGCAGCCGCCCUCAAGCUCGCACGUAUCCAGGCAAAAUUCGUCGGACGGGCCGGCGGACCCGCUCGGACAGUUUACGCAGCGGCUAGAGAGGAUAUCCAAGGAAGUGGAAGGCGAGGAGAGCGGAUCCUGGUGCCGCGUGGGCGGGCUGGCAGAGGCAGGCGCUUGCCCGUGCUGGUGUGCGCGCUGGGCGCAGCUCCACGUACGCUCACCCACCGGCGACGUUUCGUGGCUGCUGCGCAUGCAGAACCAUAUCAGCUCGGCGCAACAAGAGUGGCCUCUGCAGGACGUCCUGGCGCUGCUUUCGCCGCCGCCGCCGCGGGGAUCCUCCGCCCCCAGGGCGGGGACCGCUCACGCCGCCUCCGCCACCGACUUGGCUUCGGAGGAGUCCCGGUCGAGUCGUCAGUCGCACGCUUCCGACUUGCAUAAAUCGAGUUCCGAUUCGGUGGUGGCGAGCGAGAGACGUCAACCGACGAGCCAUUCGACCGGCUUGAACUCGCAACAGACACGGAUGAGCACGCAGCCUAUCAACAUCCCGCACUCGCCGCAGCGGCAGAGUUCUUCGAGCACCGUCGCAGACGACGACUUGCUGCUCAUCGUGCCCGAGGGGAAGACGAGGCACCCGGUUCGGCGCUCUAACUCGUCACCGGAAAUGUCCUCUUCGUGGAAAGUCGUGGCGAGAGAAACGGAGGCCGCAGGGGCGGAAACAGAGUCGAUAUCUAGAAACGGAACCGGCGCGACGGACGAAGAACUCGUCGUCAACGUGGACGACAUGAUCCUGUUGCCUGUCUGUGAACCGACAAGCGCAUCGAUGACUAUGCACGCAACCAAGAAGGCGGCGAAGAAGAGCGACAUGCGAGUGUCGUGCGAGGCCAUCCCAGAGGAGACGGGCACCUCGCCGCAACCGCACUCGCAGCUGCAGCAUAAGCACCCUCACCUCGUCACCUACAACUCGGAUCCAGGUGCGGUCGGGUCGGACGCAGAGGCGGAAGGCUUGUCCUGCGCGGAGCCACCGUCGCACCAUCGCCUGCAGAAAACUAGCAGCGACAGCACGGUGACAGCGACGGCGGGCGCAAGCGCGAAUACGGCCCUCGGUCGCGGCAGCGCAACACGUGACGAGCUGCCUCCGCUGGCGCGCUCCAAGCGCUCCAACACCAUCUCGGUUAUGAGUCCCACCGAGCGAUCACGUCGGUUGAAAUCGACUUCCAGGGAGGGUGCAAGUCGUACGCAGCCGAGCGCGGGCGGCAGUGUGGGGGGCGGAGUAUCCCCUUCGUUCGUGUUUCUGCAGCUGUAUCACAACAUGAGCACUUAUCCGCUCUCGCCUCAUGUACCGGGCGAAGCACCGACCAUGCUGAGCGUGGGCUGCGAGAGGCCUCUCAAGGUGAGCGGGGCGCAACACGAGCGCACGCUCAAGCACAUCGACCUCGUGCCCCCCUUGGAAACCUACAAGGUGGGCGUCCUGUACGUCGGGCCCGGCCAGCAGGAUGAUGAAGUUGCCAUUCUGCGAAACGAGUACGGAAGUGUCCGCUACUCCGAAUUCCUGCGCGCCUUAGGCACGCUCGUGCCCCUGGAGGGCGUCGAAGAACCGAACCUGUUUCUGAACCUGGAGACGGGCGGCAAGGAUGGACGCUACACGUACGUGUGGACGGACGACAUCAUGCAGGUGCAGUUCCACGUAGCCACAGCGAUGCCGAGCUGCGCGCGCGACCCUUCGUGCAAUGAGAAGCGCAAGUACAUCGGCAAUGACUACGUUUCAAUAGUGUACAACGACUCGGGUCGCGAUUUCAACAUCCACACGAUUAAGGGCCAGUUCAAUCUUUGCGUCGUGGUCGUGGAGCCCGCGGAGCCGGGCAUGGCGCGCGUGCUCGUUAAGACCAAGAGCGAGCGCAUCCGUACCAAGUUCCUCUCGCACCUUCCGCCGUCGGGCCACACGCUCUCCGAUCAGAGCGUUCCAUUGCUAGCGCGGCAACAGGCGCUUCACUGCGCACUGGCCUCGCAGAUCAGUCAGUCGCUAGAGCGUCCGGGCGCCCAACCCUACGCUUCUAACUGCCUCGAGCGGCUACGCCUUAUAAAAAGACUGCGCGCGCGCAUCGAAGGCGAGCGCAGGGCUGCGGCCGCCCGCGCCCCGCCACCGUACCACGCUUCACCGCACUCAGAGCAUGCCCAGCGCCGCGUGGCCAUCGAUGAUUUCAAUGACUACACGUAG